UGUGCUGUCCCUGUAUGUUGUUGAGAGAGGAGGUGCGCCCCUGUUUGGCCGUGAAUGGCUUCGUGAGAUACAAUUGGAUUGGCAGUCAAUUAAAGAAAUGCAAGCAACAGUGACCAAAAAGCAGAGCACCGGCUCUACAACUGAAAAAUUGAAUAAAAUACUUACCAAUGCAGGUGAAGUGUUUCAAGAUGGCAUAGGCACACUUAAACACCUGAAAGCCCAGAUUGUGCUGGAAGAUGACGCUGUUCCCAAAUUCCACAAGGCGCGCCAGGUUCCAUACGCUCUCCGCCCCAAAGUGGAAAAUGAACUCCAAAGGCUGGAAAAUGAGGGCAUCUUAUCGAAAGUGGACUGGUCUGAAUGGGCAACGCCAAUAGUGCCAGUGGUAAAGGGAAAUGGCUCAGUUCGCCUCUGCGGAGAUUUCAAGGUCACAGUCAAUCCGGUCCUGAAGGCGGAACAGUACCCUCUACCGCGUAUUGAUGACAUCUUUGCAGCGCUGGGCCAAGGUAAGCGAUUCUCCAAGAUUGACCUAGCACAAGCGUACUUACAGAUGGAGAUGGAGGAGUCGUCUAAAAAGUACUUGACCAUCAAUACCUCCAAAGGUCUCUAUCAGUACAACCGCCUGGUCUUCGGCAUCGCUUCAGCACCGGCAAUCUGGCAGAAAGCAAUGGAGCAAGUCCUACAGGGCAUACCGAAUACACAGUGCUAUUUGGAUGACAUAGUCAUUACAGGAGAAAAUGACGACGCACACCUUGAAAAUUUGGAAAAAGUGCUCAAAAGAUUGAACGAAUUUGGAUUACGGGCCAACAAAGCAAAAUGUGAAUUCUUUCAAGAUGAAAUUGAAUACUGUGGCCACAAAAUUGACAAAAACGGGCUACACAAAUGCAAAGACAAAAUUGACGCUGUAUUGAAGGCCCCACCUCCACAGAAUGUUUCUCAACUGAGAUCUUUCUUGGGCCUUGUAAAUUAUUACCGAAAAUUCUUGCCCAACCUGUCCUCAGUGCUACACCCCUUGAAUUGCUUACUCCAACUUGGCAAUAAGUGGCACUGGUCUCAGGACUGUGAAAAGGCCUUCAAGCAAGCAAAGGAGUUAGUGACAUCAGACAAUGUGUUGACACACUAUGACCCCCAAGUGCCUCUCAAGCUAGCAUGUGAUGCUUCGCCUUACGGAAUCGGAGCCGUGCUAUCACACCGAUUCGAUGAUGGAACAGAGCGACCAAUAGCAUUUGCCUCCCGAUCUCUGAAUGCAGCUGAGCGUAACUAUGCGCAAAUUGACAGAGAAGCUCUUAGUCUGGUCUGGGGAGUGAAAAAGUUCAACCAAUAUCUUUAUGGUAAGCACUUUACCCUCCUCACGGAUCAUAAACCCCUUGUUUCCAUCUUUAAUCCAGCUAAGGGAGUGCCAGCCAUGGCCGCUGCACGACUGCAACGGUGGGCUUUGUUCCUGAGUGCUCACACCUACAGCAUUGAGUACAAGGGCACACAACAUCAUGGGAACGCUGACGGGCUGUCCCGUUUGCCACUUCAAGUCGCACCGCCAGUAAAGACCAAGGAAGCUGUGGAUAUGUUCCAGAUGGCACAAGUGGAUCCUCUACCAGUCACAAGUGAGGAGAUCGCACGAGAGACAGGCCGCGACCCUGUCUUGUCCAAAGUCUACGAGUUGACGCUGAAAGGCUGGCCACGCCAGGGUGACUCAUCCUUACCGGGCUAUUCAAGUCGACGAGAACAGCUCACAGUGCAUCAAGGAUGCAUUUUGUGGGGGACGAGAGUAGUCAUACCACCGAAGCUGCGCCAGAGGGUUCUCACUGUGAUACAUGAGGGACACUUAGGCGUGGUGAAAAUGAAAGGCCUCGCAAGGAGCUUUGUAUGGUGGCCUGGAAUCGAUGAAAAGCUUGAAGAACUAGCCAAGACAUGCUAUGGGUGUCUACAGACCCAAAAGUCUCCACCAACAGCCCCACUGCAUGUGUGGGAAUGGCCUACAAAACCAUGGCAACGUGUGCACAUUGACUACGCAGGACCUUUCCUUGACCACAUGUACCUAGUCGUUGUUGAUGCGCACUCAAAGUGGCCUGAGGUUUUCUGCACAAAGACCGCAACCUCUGCAAAGACAGUUGAACUCUUACAGGCCCUGUUCGCACGCACAGGCCUUCCGCAUCAGAUCGUGAGUGACAACGGAACACCUUUCACCGCCGAAGAGUUUCAGCGCUUUGUUAGAAAGAACGGCAUACAACACACCACCAUUGUGCCGUACCAUCCAGCUUCUAACGGCCAAGCUGAACGUUUCAUUCAAACUUUCAAACAUUCGAUAAAGGCCAUGGAUAAAGACACAGCAUCGCUGCGGCAGAAGAUUGCAAAGUUUCUGCUGGCCUAUCGCAACAGCACCCAUGCUGUAACAGGACAGACCCCCGCUAUGCUCUUCCUAGGGCGUCCCCUGCGAUCACGGUUAGACUUACUGAAACCCAGUCUACAGCAACAUGUACAGAAGAAACAGUCUGAAUCUGCUCUCCGAUCCCAGACACGCUCAUUGCGUACAUUCCAAGUGGGACAACAGGUGAUAGCCAAAGACUACCGCAAUAAAGGACAAAAGUGGCAGACUGGCACCAUCGUUUCACAAACAGGACCGUUGACGUACCAAGUGAAAGUCGGGCAGGACCUAGUCUGGCGUAGACACGUGGAUCAGCUGUUGGAUGCAUCUGGAUCGACAAGCGUAGAUGCCAACUAUACGCCAUUCCAUGGUGACUUCGAGUUCAGUGACGAAGCCCAAGACACCGGCGGCCCUGAAGAUGAUGCAGGUGGCUCUGCACCAGCGUCACCUGUUCCGCAACGUCCUGCUGUGAACCCUGUUCCGCAAAGUCCUACUGCGAACACUUCACCAGUGAGACGUUACCCAGAAAGGAUUAGGAGACCUCCAGAGAGAUUCCAGGACUGA